GCAGCUGAAUGGAGCAAAAACGAACUGUGAGCAUAAUAUAUGAUGGUUUGCAAAUUCCUACCUCCAAUUCAAAGGUGAUGAAACACAAAAAAAGUUUAAUGUGCGAAGAACUAUACGACAACUUAUGUCGCCAAAGAUUUUUGGAGUUUGAAAACUGAAAACUUGUAAAUUGGCUAUGACUUUCGUUGGGAAAUUGGCUUGUAAAUCAAAACUCAUCACACUGCACUUGCUGCUAUCGUGGGCCGUAUUAUUUUCCUUUUACAUUAAACAGGUUUCACCUUGUGAAAAAUUAAAGAGACUCUCCGCAACAUUUGGUAAUUUAUUGGCGAAUGGCCACCAGGAAGAUGAAUGUGUCUGGGAAAUUCAAGUUCCGACUGAUUACCGUGUUGUGGUUUCGAUCAGUGAAUUUCAUUUUAAAUCAUCUUGUUGCUCUUGUACAGAGGAUUAUGUUGAAUUUUCUGAUGGUUUUCACCCGAAUUCCUCCUCGAUUGGUAGAUUUUGUGCUCAUAACAUGCCUUUGAAAGUUUAUUCGUCACAGAACGCUUUAAGAGUGCAACUCUUUUCAUCGAGAAAAAUCAAUUCGAGUUACCGAAAUAUAUUUAAAGCAUCUUACAAAAUAAUAAAAGGAAAGUUUGUUGCAACAGAAAUGGAGGCUGUAACUCGACUUAACAUUUCUGUUCCAGUUAGUAGCAAGCAUUAUGUCCUUACUGUGGUUGCUCCUGAUGGUUGGUUGAAGGUGACUGUCAACGGAUUCAUAAAUAAUGAGUUUGAGCAAUGUGCCAGUGAUUACCUUUUGUUUAAAGAGAUGGGUUUGAUUGAAUUUAGGGUUGCUAUUCCACACAAUGGUAAACUUUGUGGUUAUAUGAAUGAUCUCUUGGUGUUUACUAAAGGCAGCAAUCUAACAAUAUUUCUUCAUCAGUCAAGUUUUACCAAUGCAAAGCUUACACUGACUUUGAAGGCAACUAAAAAAAACUUGGCACCUUGUGGUGGUACAUUUAGGAAUGCUGCUGGUUAUAUAUACUCUCACGGUUAUCCCAAAGUAUUUCUUGGCAGCUCAGACUGUGAUUGGUACAUAGAAGUACCUCAGCCACAGCAUUAUAUAGAGCUAUAUUUCCUGGAGUUUAAUUUCACAGGUAAUGUUGCAUGUCCUAACAACAUAGAAAUAAUAGAUGGAUGGUAUGAAUCCUCCGUCAAAAUAAAAAUGCAUUGUGGCAACUCUCUGAAAGGCAUCCUAUCAAAUCCAAAUCUAACAGAGUGCAUUAUUAGAGCAUUUACUGGAGGCAGUAGUGUGGGAACAUUUGUCUUAAAGUAUAACCAAGUAAAGGAGAGUGUCUGCUCAGACCAACAAUACAGUUGCUCUAGUCGUGAAUGUAUUGACAGAGAGUUGUUGUGUGAUGGUAUUCCCAACUGUUCAGACAGUAGUGAUGAAUUACGUUGUCCAAAAGAAAAACAGGCUAAAAAAUUGUACUUCAUCUUGAUGAUUAUUGUUUGUGUUGUUUUGGGAAUCAUAGUAAUUUCCUUAUGGAGGACUUGGCGUGUAUCUGUUCAUCGUCAUCUUCAUUCUCAUACAGUUGAAAAUGUUGAGAAUGAGGAUGAUUAUGCUCAGGAAACCCCAUGUCCAGAUGGGGCACCACCAACUUAUAACGAAGCUUUAGGUCAUAAUUCUAUAGUGAAUUCAAGUACAACCUCUCUGCCUAACUAUGAAGAGGCAAUCCUUCAUCGUGGGAAUGAAUAUGUGACAAUGGAAUGUGGCAACACUGUGAGGUAUACAGUUUGCACCAGCAGAUCAUCUAGAAACCCAUUUUCUUGAAAUGAACUGCCAAGGAUGCAUGUCUGUCAAAAUGGGACUGUACAGAGAGAACUUGCCAUAGUGCGCCAGUGUCGAUUUUUUGCUACUUGAAACCGAAAAUUUACAAUUCUCAACAGCAAUGUUCAAUUUGACUAUAGACAAGAAACGUGUCAUGUACAAUAGAUAGAAAA